GUCAUGGAAUGGUCCCGAAAGUAAUAAACUAAAAUUUUCCAAAUUAUAAUAGCUCAUAAUUUUAAUUCAUUUUUGUUUUAAAAUACUAGUGAUGAGUUCCAGUUCAAACUUCAAAGCUGUUUUAGUUUGGGGGUAGGAAAUUCAAAGCUCAACCAUUUCUGCCUAUAUCUAACCAUGCGCGCUCUCGCCGCCCGGCUCACCUCUCAUAUUUUAAGAAGAAAGCCUCGGAAUGAACCGAUUCAAUCUUACAAGAAUUUUUCUGCAUCUAGCUAUGGAAAAGAAGAAGGAUCUAUAGAAGAAGAAGCUGAAAGGAAAAUAGGGUGGCUAUUGAAACUAAUUUUUGCUGGGACUGCAACGGCGGUAGCUUAUCAGUUUUUCCCGUAUUUGGGAGACAACAUGAUGCAGCAGUCUGUGACACUUUUACGAGUCAAGGAUCCAUUGUUCAAAAGAAUGGGAGCGUCCAGAUUGGCCCGUUUUGCCAUUGAUGAUGAAAGGAGGAUGAAAAUUAUUGAAAUGGGUGGAGCUGAAGAACUUGUAAAGAUGUUGGAGGCUGCUAAGGAUGACCGCACAAGGAAGGAAACUUUGAAGGCUCUUUUUGCAAUCUCAAAAUCAGUGGAAGCUGCUGCAGUGUUGCAUCGUGCAGGGGCAAUAUCAGCAAUCAAGUCCACCCCAAGCGGUUCUUCCCCGGACGAUGACUCUGAAGUCGAGAAGUACAAGUCACAUUUGUUGGAUAGGUUCCAUGAACUAAGAUAUGAUGCAACAUCCACUUGACAUUGUAAGUUUCAUAUUUUCCCUUUAUGUUGAUCCAUCCUUCGCACGAAUGGCAUGCAAUUCAUUGUGUUAUGAAGAGAAUUCGUGCAUCAAAGAUUGCUAUGGAUGUUAAUACUUGCACUUCUGUCAGAUGAAUCACAUAUACUUGCAUUCCAUUUGGAAAAUUGUUUCAAUUCUUCAAAUUCACACUCUUUCAAUACUCUUAAGCCUUGUGUUUUUUUGUUGAACACAAAGCUGUGGAGUCUCUCCAAAGAGAAGAAAAUUUAUAUUUGUGA